GGUCUCUGUGACCGGCGGGGGUGCGUACAAGUACCUAGAGUUGUUGGAGUCCAAGUUGAACAUCAAAGUGGAGCAGGAGGAUGAGAUGUUAUGUGCUGUGGAGGGUUGUAACUUUCUACUGCGCACUAUACCCGGCGAGGCAUUCACGUACAAUACGGAUUCAGAGCCCCCGUAUACGUUUAUGAACCCCAUCCCGCCCUCGUCUUUGUAUCCGUACUUGCUGGUCAAUAUAGGAUCUGGGGUCAGCAUGAUUAAGAUUUCUGGCCCACAAGAGUACGAACGAAUUGGUGGUACUUGUUUAGGGGGUGGCACCUUUUGGGGACUAUGCUCACUUCUAACCCAUGCCAGAGACUUUGAUGAG